AUGGCUGGCUAUAAGACCCAUCUCACAGUACUACAGAAAACAGCUGAGGCCACUCCAUUGCUCCCGGCUCUCAAGAUACCACAGCUUUCAUCAGAUGGUGAGCUCCAAGGGUGGAAGGAUAUCACCUACUCGCAGCUUUUGCAUGACGUUGAGAAAUCCGCCAAGUAUUGGUCUCGUGAGCUUUCGGAAAAGGGAAUUGACACCGGAUCAGUCAUCGGGCUAUGGCUGAGGGGAAUUACCUACCUGGAUCUCCUGCAUAUAUGGGGCAUAUCCAGAGCUGGAUGCGUUCCUCAGCUUAUUUCAGCUCACUUGACAACCAAUGCCGUGGUCAGAGAGCUCCUCAGCGAAGCUAAGGCAACGGGUCUUAUCCAUGAUCCGGCGAUUGCUGUGUCUGUGGGUAAAGAUGUUUUCACAUUUCCUACCGUUGAUUUGCUCGGUCUGGCGGUUGAAGAGUCCCCGCUGGCUGAAGUUGUUAGCCCCACGUCGGGUGAGGAGAUUGUUUUUAUUCUGCACUCUUCUGGAUCUACGUCUGGAAAACCGAAGCUGGUUCCUGCAACAACGCGGUGGCUGGAUUGCAACAUUCAUAAAGCUCAGUACUUUACAUUCCGAGGCCCAGGAGCUGAAUACCAGGAGACUGUUGUGGCUAAUGGAAGCUUUUGUCACGUCGCGAACACACUCGCAUUUAUUUCAUACGUCAAUAAGGGCUUCUGCAUGGCCCUUCCCACGUCACUCCCGUAUUCACUUCCCGAGCUAAAGAGAAUUGUUCAGGAGUGUAAAGUAACCGCA